AAAGAGGUUGUGGUUAUCCAGACUUCCUUUAUUUGUCUGGUUUAUGUUCUGUGCUAAGGACUUUUAGGGUGUUUUACAUAUAGUUUAUUUUUUAAAAAACCUAACCCAGUUUACUUAAAGUGAACCAGAAAAGCAACUAGCCGAAUGUGAUGUGUCCUCAGAUUUUUGCCAACUGCUGUAUGUUAUUGGAUGAAAGAUGAUGGGUCUUUUAUUAAUGCUCUGUGUUUUUUGCUGGCCUUUGGUUCUGUCUGAAAGUGGAGAUGAUGAUACACCUGAUGGAGAUACAGACUGGAAUGUAACCUGUUCAUCCAGUUUGAGCAUUAGACAGAAUAAUCUCACCUGUUCUGUAAAUGAUGAAUCCAUUGAGGGCAUCUUAAUACUCUGCUCUGAGACUGAUGAAAUAAAAUGUACAAAUGCAAGUCAGGGACCACACGGCUUCACUUUUUACAAUUUGCCCAUUAUGGGGACAUAUAAGCUGCAGAUAAAGCCAGGGAAUGAAGUCAUUAAAGAAAACAUAAUGCUUACAAAAAUUGUGAAAUUACCAGCUCCUCAAAUAAAGAUUGCCACUUAUAUGAAAGAAUCAAAGAAAAUGUUCAUAUCAAUUCAGCAGAAUCAUGAUUUUGUUAAGACGUCUGAGUUUCAAGUGAAAGUUUUACGGGACAAACUUGUAGUCAAGAAUUUUACCACUCCAAAUAAGAAUGUCACUAUUAGCAGAGAGAUAAUCGGUGGAGAUGGUGUUUACGAUAUUUGUGUUCGAGGAAAACCUUAUGGAUAUUUUAAUGGAAUGUGGAGUGAAUGGAGCCCGAAAGCCAGUUUCACUAUUGAAGGUUCUGCAGCCACUGUCAAACCAAGACUUGACCCUCUAAUGGUCACUUACAUCAUCAUCUUUGUUUCUCUGGUGUUCAUCGUCGGUUUUGUGGCCUUACAAUGGAAAACACAUAUAAAAGGCUACAUAAAACCAAACAUACCACACCCAAAGACAACACUUGCACAAAUACACAGAGGAAAGGAGGGGUUUCCUUACAUUUUCAGCCCUGAGAUAUUCGGCGAUGUCUUCAUACACCGUGUGGAUUAUGACGAAAAGUCAUCUGCUCCGGAUCUUCAGGAAUCUCUGGAUGAACGUCGCUACAGUCAAGCAAGCUCUGCGAGUUCUCGGUCUACAUUAGUGUGUGAAUUGGACACAACCGGAGCAGAACUGCUUUCAAGAGAACAGUCGCACUUAAAAAUAAGAUUGUUAAAUGAAUCAGAUUUCUCCAACGAAAGAGCAAAAGGUGGAUCUGAAGGUGUCCUUCAACGAGAAUGUAAAGAUGAGGCUUAUGUCACAAUGUCCAGCCUCUUUAAAACACAAUGAAGAGGUGAAGACUGGAUUAAGACCAUUAAAAAUCAAAGACUGACCAUUAAGGUCGAAGUAAGGCACUUUUUUACACGUACUUCACGUGAGGUUUAUCAGAAGAGUGCGCGAAUAGGCGCACCGCCGGAUUUUUAAACGCUUGCGCAUGCGCCUACAGGAGAAUGUAGUACGGAGCCCAGGAGGAGCUUCAUUGCAUUUAGUCGCAAUGCGCAUGCGUCGAACCUAUGCAUACACACGAGUCGAACAAAACUACACUUUGCAAGGCUGUGUGUUCGACUGUGCGCAUACACGUAUAAAAACAUACUAUACUCCGGGAUUUAGAGGUUAUGCUGCUUAGAUGUUCAAAAUGUAACCAAGAUUGUAUAUGAUGUUAAGCAUUCAGUAACCUGAGAAGUCUGUAUGUCUAACUCUGUCAACAAAAUGUGUAAAUACCACAGCACUUAUCUCUCUGGAUGAAAGAUGCUCAUAGGUUUAGGGGUGGUUUCCCGGACAGGGAUUAGACCUAGACUAAAAUAAAUGCUGUCUAAAAUGAAAACAGCUUGCACUGACAUAUUAUCUUAAAAUACAUCAGUGCCCUUUGUUUUGCCUUGGGAAACCACCCCCUUAAAGUUUAUACAUAUUAUUAUCUCUACCGUGUGAUGGACAAAUGUAAGCAUUCUAUACCACUUCCUGUAUCACUAAACCUACUGUAUAAGUUAGCUAAAGGAAAUGUAGAGUCCACAACCCUCACAUCAUUACAAAUCUAACAAACCUCAAUAACAGCUGCUAGCCUCAGCAGCAUUGUCUGCAAUCUGUCAAUCCAUCCAUCAAUGUAGCACAUUUAUUAUAUGAAUAUAUCAGUAUGUCUUCUUAUGUAAACAACAUGUAUUAAGUGCAACAGGUAUGCAAACAGAACGUGUAAGAAU